AAUCAAAACAUCUUUCUGAUUUAAGUCCUCGCGCUUCCUCCCCUCUCAAAUAAACCCUAAACCCUUUGCUGAUUUGAAACUCGUCUCGUAGGCUCUUUGUGAAAAGCUCCAAUGGCGACUGUACCAGUUAAUCCCAAGCCAUUCUUGAACAAUUUGACUGGAAAGCCUGUCAUGGUAAAACUCAAGUGGGGGAUGGAGUACAAAGGGUUUCUUGUCUCUGUUGAUUCAUACAUGAACUUGCAGCUAGCUAAUGCAGAAGAAUAUAUUGAUGGACAAUCCACUGGCACCCUUGGAGAGAUCCUGAUCAGAUGUAAUAAUGUCCUUUAUCUUCGCGGAGUACCUGAGGAUGAAGAAGUGGAAGAUGCAGAUGGUGAGUAGGAAUGCAUUGUGUUGUAGUUAGUGACCUGCAGAGGCUAUUGUUCCUGUUAAGCCAAGUUUCAGUAUCUUUAACCUUGUGGUUUAUAAUUUCUCGGGAAAUGCUUUUUCAUACUUAUGUAGUUGCACAUUUGAACAGAACUUGGCAAGAUAUCUCCUUAACAUUUGGACUUGUAAUGGAUUAUUUGAGAUGAUAGAAUUUGUUUUUCAGAGACGAAGUCAUACUAGUUGUCUUGUAAUAAUGUAAUUCAUUUAUCUAUCUUCAAUCUA